AUGGGAAGGUCACCGUGUUGCGAGAAAGCUCACACAAACAAAGGAGCAUGGACCAAAGAAGAAGACGAGAGGCUCAUAGCAUACAUUAAAGCUCACGGCGAAGGCUGCUGGAGAUCUCUCCCUAAAGCCGCCGGCCUUCUCCGGUGUGGCAAAAGCUGCCGUCUCCGCUGGAUCAACUAUCUCCGGCCUGACCUUAAGCGCGGCAACUUCACCGAGGAAGAGGACGAGCUCAUCAUCAAGCUCCAUAGCCUUCUUGGCAACAAAUGGUCGCUUAUUGCCGGGAGAUUACCGGGAAGAACAGAUAACGAGAUAAAGAACUAUUGGAACACACAUAUUCGAAGAAAGCUUAUAAACCGAGGGAUUGAUCCAACGACUCAUAGACCAAUCCUAGAAUCAUCAGCUUCUCAUGAUUCUAAACCUACUCAGCUAGAACCAAUCACGAGUAACACCAUUAAUAUCUCCUUCUCUUCUGCUCCCAAGGUCGAAACUUUCCAGGAGAGCUUGAGUUUUCUUGGAAAAUCAGAGAAAGUCUCAAUGCUCACGUUCAAAGAGGAAAAAGAUGAGUGCCCAAUCCAAGCAAAUUUCCCAGACUUGAAUCUCGAGCUUAGAAUCAGUCUUCCUGAUGUUCGUCAAGGCUUGGUGGGAGAGGGAAAUUCAUCAACGCCGCGUUGUUUCAAGUGCAGCAUAGGGAUGAUAAAUGGCAUGGAGUGCAGAUGCGGAAGAAUGAGAUGCGAAGGUACCACCGGCGGCGGUGACGUCACCAACGGAUUUGACUUUUUAGGGUUGGCAAAGAAAGAUACCUCUUCUCUUUUAGGUUUUAGAAGCUUGGAGAUGAUAUAA